UAACUACUUCAUGCCUUCAAAUUCGCCUUUUAAAUCAUGAACACCUAUUGAACGAAGCGCGGCGAUGUCGAGCUGGUGCCGGAGCGCUUUCGGGGCGGUUCGUGGAGUUGAGCCGCUCGUCGUGCUCGAGCAGCUGGGCACGUCGUUGUUCGACACCGCUUUGCUCAUGGUGGUCAAGGACCGGUAUGCCGACGCCACUCACCCCGGUACUGGCACUCGUGCCUCCGGGGAGGACGAGCAGCAGAAAGCCAUGUCGGACUUCUACAUGGUCAACAACCUCAUCGCCCAGCUGACGCCCAUCGUGCCCGCUCUCCUUCUCGCUAAGGCGGGCGACCGCGGCUGGAGGAGAGUCCCCGUGGUGGUGCCCUUGUGCGGGUACCUGCUGUCUAGCGUCGCCCUCCUCCAGGUGGUUCUGUUCGGGCUGCCCAUCCAGGUGAUGUUCGGGGCGGCGGUUUUCCUUGGGAUCUCCGGCGGGUUCUGCGCUUACUGGCCCGGCGUCAUGACGUUGGCCUCCCUCGGUUCCAACACGGAGAAUCGCUCUCAGGUAAUGAUGAGAGUGGAGCUGAUGUACGGAGCGGCGGGCCUGCUGGGCAGUCUGCUGUCAGGUCAUGUGUUCCUGCUGUACAGUUCCAGUGUUGGACACGGUACAGUCCUGCUCUAUGUCUGCACGCUUCUCAACCUGCUGAGCCUCAUUCACGCCACCGUGCUGCUGCAGGUAAGGCAAGCAUCAAGUGAGCCCGAUGAGAGCAGCCCCCUCCUCCCUCACUCCUCCAACAGUGUCCCCGCGGAGACGUCUUCAAGGAAGAGCACCGUGAACAUGGUUCUGCUCUUCUCCGCUGCUAUCUUGUACGGCUCAUCCGUGGGCGGAGCCGUUGAGAUCCUGGGCAUCUUCGUGAUAAAAGAGCCGCUCCAAUGGAACGCUGCCCAGGUGGGUUAUGGGAAUGCAGCAGGCUUUGUGGUCUUCCUUACCAGUUUCCUUGGCGCCGUUGCUUUUCGCCGCUGCGUGAGCGAUGUGGCGCUCAUCCUGAUCGGCAUGCUUUCGUUCGCCUCUGGAAUCUACUUCAUGUCCUUCGUCACUGCAUCUUACAUGUUCUACCUCGCUCGCGCACUCAGCCUUUUUGGUCUCAUCCCUCUGCCUACGAUCAGAUCACUACUCUCACAGCAGGUUCCAUCAUCUCUGUUUGGCAUCACUCUGACCGCCCUCCAGCUGGCCCUGAGGCUUCCAGCCCUGGCGUACAUCCCUGCCUUCACUAAACUCUACCAGAGAACACUAGACUGGUUCCCAGGCUUCGUCUUCACGAUCUCGAGCAUAAUGGCCGUUCUGGGAAUGAUACCCAUCAGUGUCGUGGGAUGCAGGUGGUCUCGGCACAAACGUUCCCAAGAGACAGAGGCGACGACCGAGACGCGCCAUGCGGACAAGGACAACUAAAAAACACGUCCGAAAAAGAUAUAAUCACGAGCACUGCAGAAAAGGAAGUGGAGGAAAUGAGCAGGUGUGUGUUUAUGUAAGCAAUCAGAUAGCAUGCAGUCUUUCAGAAUAAUGAAUGUGUGGACAGAGAAAUGAUGACAACACAGAUUGGAGACGUUUAAUAACUCUAAAGCUGUGGCCAAACUGGCAUUACUUAUAAUUUAUACAUUAUCUUUACAUGACCAUUAGUAUUUUUAUUUAAAUUUCAAUGAAUGAAAAGCUGUUUUUAAAAAAAUUACAUUUCAACUACAAUUAAAAAAAAAAAAAAUCUGCGCAGAUAAAUAUCAAAUCAAUUUAUUUUAAUAUUGGUCCAAUAUAUUCCAAAAUAAUUUGAGGUAAAGAUAAUUGCAUCAAAACAACAUCAAUAUACAGGCUUUAUAUUUAUAUGUAAUUACAAGAUGUUCAAGUGUACAAAAUGGACCGAAAGUAAAAUGUAAACAUCAGGGAGCAAAAGGCAGAAAAUAACUGAAGUCAUAAGCACUUAGCUUUUUGAAAAAUAAACAUUAACAUCCAUCCAUUUUCUGAGCCGCUUCUCCUCACUAGGGUCGCGGGCGUGCUGGAGCCUAUCCCAGCUAUCAUCGGGCAGGAGGCGGGGUACACCCUGAACCGGUCGCCAGCCAAUCGCAGGGAACAUACAAACAAACAACCAUUCGCACGCACAGUCACACCUACGGGCAAUUUAGAGUCUUCAAUUAAUGUGAUCAUAUUAUUCCUGUGAUGUAAUGAAGGAAAUUAUGAGGACAUUAGGACUUGGUCAUUUUUCUAAAGAUUUGUAGAUUCAAACAAACAUCUCUUCGUACAGAAUAGGUGUUGGCAGUCAUCUUGUCUUCAUUUAGGGUUUCAACAUUCUGCAUUAUCAAAAUACAAAGGAAAAUUGCCACCAGGAUUUUAACUUUUGGCAACUCAAAGACAUUUUUUAGAAAAGAAAAGAAGCAAGUAGGAGGAAUAGUGUAUCGUGCAGCAAUAAAUCAGCAGGCAAACUAACAUUAAGCUACGACAAAAAUAGAAGAGAUGCUGUUGAGGUUCAAAUUAGCAUCUCUGAUUCAAACAACAACAAAGUCAAUUCUUUCAGUACAUUAGCUUAAUAUUAUUGUUGAGAAUGUUUCAUCCCUUCUAUAAUGGUUACAUUUUCACAUUAAAUGGAUCAACCGACAACUUCUCGGCUGUACAUUUGGGAUACAUUACACAAAACAAAAAUACUCUACUUAAAUGAAACAGUUUUUAAUCAUUUCUUUUUAAAUAUUAGCAACUGCUACAUUCAGUCAAAAGUAUCAACAGAUCGAGAGCUCAUUUUAGUCUGCGCCUCUGCUGAAACAGUUCGAUUUCAGGAGGCCUUGUGGUGCUUCUUCAGCAAAUGUAUGCUCUUAAUUA